CUUCAACAAAAAAAGCGUUUUGCAUUUACUUAAGGGUUUAGGGAGUCGUCGGAAUCAUGGGCUGCAACAGCUCAAGACUUGAACGGCUUCCGGCGGUGGCUUUAUGCCGUGAACGUUGCAAAUUCCUCAACGAAGCACUUCGUCAAAGCUAUGCCCUCGCCGAUGCCCACGUGGCACACAUGGAGUCUCUCAAAACGCUUGGUCCCGCACUUCUCUGUUUCUUCGCUCAUUUCGAAGAUUCUGGAGAAACUAAUUCCCCAAUUAACGAAACUAAACCCUCCCUCCCUAAAUCGCCACCUCCUCGUUCCCCAUCUUCCUCUAGUUCAGACUCAGAUGCGCACGUCCUUUUGCAUUCUGAAUUAGAAGCCGAAGACGUAGAUAAAGGAUUCCAAGUGUUCACUCAGAGUCGUUAUGAUUAUGUACCCUCAGCUUCUGAUAAUGUCACUUUCACGAAUUACGUGCAGCCUCUUUACCCUCCAUUUUCUCCGCCGCCGUCGCCGCCGCCUCCGAGCAACUCGGCCUGGGAUUUCUUGAACUUCUUUGAGCCGUACGAGAAAUACCAAGUGCCUUACAGUGUUGGCGGUGACGCUGAUGCAACGGAGAAGGAAAAGGGAAAGGUCACGAGUCACGAGAAAGGUGACGGGUCUAAAUCUAAAGGAGGAGGUAAUGUGAACGGAGAAGUGAACAACAAGGAGGGUGAUUCGAAGGAAAAGAAAUUGGUUUCAGAAAAAGAGGCAGUGGAGUCAGAGCAAUGCAAUUGCAGCGAUUCGGCGAAGGUGAAAACAGGGAAAGGUUUUUCCGAGGCAGUGAAAGAGAUUCAGGUUCUGUUUGAGAGAGCGUCGGAUUCGGGGAACCCGAUUUUGGAAAUGCUGGACGUUGGAAAACUACGUUACCAUCGAAACAUUGAUCUGAACCCAGUUUCGUGCAAGAUGAUGCAUGUGUUUACUCCCUCAAAUUCACUUGCGGUUAAAUGCAUGGAAUCCUCAUCGCUAGGAUGGAGGAUGGGAUCUGGAUAUCAAGGAGUUUAUAAAGACAAUGGCCUCAGCUACGCCAAUCUCAGCUCUACUCUGAAGACGCUAUGUAUGUGGGAGAAGAAGCUCUAUCAUGAAGUCAAGGCUGAGGAGAAAUUGCGCAUACUUCACCAGAAGAAGUGUAGGCAGUUGAGACGCAUGCGAAAAACGGAUGCCGAUGCGCACAAAGUAGAUUCUGUUCAAACUUUUAUUGGGAUUUUAGCUACAAAAAUGAAAAUUUCUAUCCAAGUAGUUGACAAGAUAUCCAAUACCAUUAGUAAGUUGAGGGAAGAGGAACUAUGGCCGCAGAUCACCAGAUUUAUUCUCACGUUUCUUCAAAUGUGGGAAGAUAUGCAAGAAUGUUACAAAUGCCAAUAUCAGGAACUUGCUGAAGCCAGAACUUUACAUGUCUCAUCAUUAAACAGAAAACGUGGCAAUGAUCAUAUUGAUGCCGCAAUAAACCUCAAAUUUGAGGUACAGAAAUGGAAUUUGAGCUUCUCAGAUUGGAUUCAUGCCCAGAAAUCCCAUGUGAAAGCCUUGAAUGGUUGGCUAAUAAAAUGUCUAUUAUAUGAACCCGAAGAAGUAACAGAUGAUUCAACUCCCUUCUCUCCUGACAAGAUUGGAGCACCACCUGUGUUUGUGAUCUGUAACAAAUGGUCACAAGCAGUGGAUAAUCUCUCGGAAAAAAAUGUAAGUGAAGCCGUAAAUGGGUUUAUGCUAAGAGUGAAUGAGCUCUUGGAAAAGCAUAUUUUAGACCUUCAACAAAAGCUAACAUUGGACAAAGAAUUGGAGAGAAAAGUGAAAAUGUUGGAAAGGCAGGAGCAAAAGAUGCAUAAAGUGGUGCAGGCUCGAGAGAGAAAGAUGGUUCCAGUUGCCAAAGAAGAAACUGACGCGCUGUUACGAGGGGAUGUUGUGCAUCAUGGUGACAUCGUUGAUGCUAAUCACCUGCAAACGGGUCUGAAGAAGAUCUUUGUUUCCAUGGAGAGGUUCAUUGCCACCACUGCUCGCUUAUACGAAGAACUUCGCCAACAAAUUAAUAAACUAGACGACUACCAUGUUUUGGGAGAAUCCAACAAAAAUGACUAGUUUUACACUUAUUAGAUUCGAUGAUUUUUGUAGGAUUGAAGUUAUCUCAAAAUUUU